UGGUAGAGCACGCUAGAUGGUCCCGAUCCUUGCAUCAUUUCCGACCUGGUCGUUGGUGGUAGACAUCAACCUGCACCCACGCUAAAAUGAGGUUCUGCUGAUGCUCAGUAUUCAAAGGCGUCCAUGCUUGCUGCGCAUUCAACGAACGACACCUUCAACUCGUAUCUACCCAGUCGUCUUCUGACUGCAUAGAACACUCCCGUCGUCUUGUAAUUUAGGAAGGUGGACACUGCUAAAGUACUUGCAUCUACCUAGGUAGACAUUGCUUUCCGACAUGCUUCUCCAGCUUCUGCUUGUUGCCUUGACAUACCGCAUUGGUGAUGCAUACGCUCACCUAAACCAAGUUGUUUCGCCGCGGGGGUACCUAGGUAGUCCUAAACGAAACUGCGGGGAAGAGACGUGCUUGGCCCGCCGCUGGCAUCAUCGCUCCCACGCCCGUCGCGAUGCCGCAGCAAUAUACCUCAUCAGGCACUAUAGACGUUCGCCAGCUCCUCUUUCCUCGACCAACGACGUGAACGAAGAUCAGAUCACAUACCUAACCACUACGCGUUCAAAUCUGCUCCACAGAACAACGGCGCGUGUUGCUGCACACUCGUACACUCCCAACGGCUUCAUAAUGCUGAAGAGCUCAACUGACAAUUUGCUUAUGGCUGGGUGUAGCGCCCGGCACUACUGGCAUAAUGCGUGACAAGUCAGGGAACGAGUCUUAAGUGCCAUGGGACGAAAGGGUGUAUGAUUAGGACACGCGUUUUGAGGGUCUUG